GCUAAGCCUGCGCUGGGCGGCCUCGCUUACGCUUCCCGGCUCCUCGAGCGCCGGGCGGCUCUAGCCCCGCGGCUCCCUCAGCCCGAGGCGGAAGCGGGCGCGGAUCCGAGUCCCGGUGGCCCGCGAGACUUUCGGAACAUGGCGACCUGUGUGGGCUGUGUCCUAGAGGGAGAAGACUUUAGCUCUUGUGAUGCCUGAGAAUCAAGUUUAACACUUCUCCAGGUGCUUCAUGGUGAUCACCUUUGCCCUCUCCACACCACUGCGCCAGGCAGUUCCUGAACCAUGGGGGAGAAUGAGGAUGAGAAGCACACUCAUGUGAGCCAUGUCUUUGAGAACUUUGUCCAGGCAUCCACGUGCAAAGGCACCCUCCAGGCCUUCAACAUGCUCACACGCCUCCUAGACCUAGACCCUCUGGACCACAGAAACUUUUACUCCAAGCUCAAGUCUAGUGUGACCACCUGGAAGGCCAAAGCUUUGUGGUACAAACUGGACAAGCGCGGCUCCCACAAAGAAUACAAGCGAGGGAAGUCAUGUAUGAACACCAAGUGUCUCAUCAUUGGGGGAGGACCAUGUGGCCUGCGCACUGCCAUUGAACUUGCCUAUCUAGGAGCCAAAGUGGUUGUGGUAGAGAAGAGGGACACCUUUUCUCGGAACAAUGUGCUACAUCUCUGGCCUUUCACCAUCCAUGACUUGCGGGGCCUGGGAGCCAAGAAGUUCUACGGGAAGUUCUGUGCUGGUUCCAUCGACCACAUCAGUAUUCGUCAACUGCAGCUCAUCCUAUUCAAGGUGGCCCUGAUGUUGGGAGUUGAAAUCCAUGUGAAUGUGGAGUUUGUAAAGGUUGUAGAGCCUCCUGAAGAUCAAGAAAAUCAAAAAAUUGGCUGGCGGGCAGAAUUCCUCCCUACGGACCAUGCCCUUUCUGAAUUUGAGUUUGAUGUCAUCAUUGGUGCAGAUGGCCGCAGGAACACCUUGGAAGGGUUCCGAAGAAAAGAAUUCCGAGGGAAACUGGCUAUUGCCAUCACUGCCAACUUCAUCAACAGGAACAGCACAGCUGAGGCCAAGGUAGAAGAGAUCAGUGGUGUCGCCUUCAUCUUCAACCAGAAAUUCUUCCAGGACCUAAAAGAAGAAACAGGGAUCGACCUUGAGAACAUUGUUUACUAUAAGGACUGCACCCAUUACUUUGUCAUGACAGCCAAGAAGCAGAGCCUGCUUGACAAAGGUGUCAUCAUUAAUGACUACAUUGAUACGGAGAUGCUGCUAUGUGCAGAGAAUGUGAACCAGGAAAACUUGCUCUCCUAUGCCCGGGAAGCUGCAGACUUUGCUACCAAUUACCAACUGCCAUCCUUAGACUUUGCAAUGAAUCACUAUGGGCAGCCUGAUGUGGCCAUGUUUGACUUCACUUCCAUGUAUGCUUCAGAGAAUGCAGCAUUGGUGCGAGAGCGUCAGUCACACCAGCUGCUUGUAGCCCUCGUGGGUGACAGCUUGCUCGAGCCAUUUUGGCCCAUGGGCACAGGCUGUGCUCGGGGCUUCCUGGCAGCCUUUGACACAGCAUGGAUGGUGAAGAGCUGGGACCAGGGCACCCCACCCCUGGAGCUGCUGGCUGAAAGAGAAAGUCUCUACCGGCUGUUACCUCAAACGACCCCAGAGAACAUCAACAAGAACUUUGAGCAGUAUACAUUGGAUCCAGGGACACGGUACCCAAACCUCAACUCAAACUGUGUCAGACCCCACCAGGUGAAGCAUUUGUACAUCACCAAGGAGCUGGACCAUUACCCUCUUGAGAGACUGGGAUCAGUGAGGAGAUCUGCUAGCCUUUCCAGAAGAGAGUCAGACAUCCGGCCCAACAAACUCCUAACCUGGUGCCAGCAACAGACUGAGGGCUAUAAGCAUGUCAACAUCACCGACCUAACCACAUCCUGGCGCAGCGGCCUGGCCCUGUGUGCCAUCAUCCACCGCUUCCGGCCAGAUCUAAUCAAUUUUGACUCUUUGAAUGAAGAUGAUGCCGUGGGAAACAACCAGUUGGCAUUUGAUGUGGCUGAGCAUGAGUUUGGGAUCCCUCCAGUAACCACAGGCAAAGAAAUGGCAUCAGCCCAGGAGCCCGACAAACUCAACAUAGUCAUGUACCUCUCUAAGUUCUAUGAGCUCUUCCGGGGUACCCCGCUGAGGCCUAUGGAUUCUUGGCGCAAAGACUACGGAGAAAAUGCUGACCUUAGCUUGGCCAAAUCAUCCAUUUCCAAUCACUAUCUCAACCUCACAAUUCCAAGGAAGAGGACUCCACGAGUAGAUGUCCAAACCGAAGAGAACGACAUGAACAAACGAAGACGGAGAGGCCUCAGCAAUCUGGAGGAGGUAUCAACAUUCUCCAGUCGCAGUUUGGAUGCCAAUCAAGAGUGUGGCAGCAGGAAGGAAGGUAGAAAUCAGAACAAAGUCAGGUCCAUGGCAAAUCAGCUGCUGGCCAAGUUUGAGGAGAACAGUAAGAGCACCUUAAUCCUGAAGCAGGAACACCGUAACUCAGGAAUAGGUAAGCCUGCCCUGUGCUCUUCCUCCAGUCCUCCUGUUGCCUCUCGCUGCCCCAAGCCUGAGGAGCCCACUUCCAGCCCACCACCUCCUCUAAAAAGGCAGUUCCCCUCUGUUGUGACGGGACAAGUGCUCAGAGAACUCAAUCAAAUGCCCACUGGCAGUGAACGGAUGAACAGGCCCUGGAGAGCCAGGGCCAAGUCUGACCUGCAACUGGGUGGGCCAGAAAACCUCCCUGCCCUGCCUCCCACCUGUCAGAGGGCACUGGCCCUUUCUGGAGUGCUUCAACGGCUGCAACAGGUGGAAGAAAAGAUUCUCCAGAAGAGGGCUCAGAACUUGGCCAACAGGGAGUUUCACAAAAAGAACAUUAAGGAGAAAGCAGCUCACCUGGCCUCCAUGUUUGGACAUGGGGAUAUCCCACAGAAUAAACUACUCUCUAAAGGCCUGUCUCACACUCCUCCUCCAUCUUCUCCUUCUUGCCUUCCAUCUCCUGAUCCAGCUGCCACUUCUUCUCCAUCAACUGUUGAGUCUGCUUCUCCUGCCAGAAAGCUGACGGUAGGGAAAGUAUCCAGCGGAAUAGGGGCUGCAGCUGAAGUCUUGGUCAAUCUGUACUUGAAUGAUCACAAACCUAAGACCCAGGCCACCUCUCCAGACCUGGAUUCUAUGCGAAGGGUGUUUCCCAUGGGCUUGGGUGGCAGUGACACCUGCUACUUCUGUGAGAAGCGUGUGUAUGUGAUGGAGCGGCUGAGCGCCGAGGGCCACUUCUUCCACCGCGAAUGCUUCCGCUGCAGCGUUUGCUCCAACACUUUGCGCCUGGCCGCCUAUGCCUUCGACUGCGAUGAAGGAAAAUUUUACUGCAAGCCUCAUUUCAUUCACUGUAAAACCAACAAUAAACAACGGAAAAGACGGGCAGAGUUGAAGCAACAAAAAGAGGAGGAGGGGACACGACAGGAGCAGGAAGCCCCUCGACGAGAUACUCCCACCGAAAGUUCUUGUGCAGUGGCCGCCAUCAGCACACCAGAAGGCAGCCCCCCAGAUGAGCCCACUUCCCCCAAGAAGCCGAAGAGCAUCCCCAGGCCCCAGCCCAGCCACGUGCCCGGUGAAGCCACUUCCCCACCACCCUCCGAGUGGACCUCAGUGAGGAUCAGCCCCGGGGAGGAUGCAGCCGGGCAGGACUUGCUGGCCGUGCGGGUCCUGGUCACCAGCGAGGACAGCAGCUCUGACACAGAGUCUGACUGGGAGAACAGCAAGGAGCCCAGUGCAAAGAGACCCCCGCAGCCAGAAUCCCCACUUCCACCAACGCCAGUAACCCGGCACGUCUCCCUGAGAGAGCCUCUGACCAGGACCGCGUCCCCGCAGUGCCCUGAGGAGCCACGUGCGGCGCAUGGUCUGCAACGGUCCAACAGCUUUCAAUCUUCAACUCCGAGCAAAUACCAGAACUGGAGACAAACAUUCCAGUCUUAUUUGAUGCCAACAGACAAAAGAUCUCCAAAGGCUCCUUCUCCACUUCAGUCUUCUUCAUGGUCUUCUCUUGCAUCUUCUCUGCCAUUAUCUUCUUCAGCUACUGUUUCCCGGCACACUCCAGAGGACUCCUCCCCACCUCAGGUGAUAGCUCAUAACCCCCAAUCACAGGCCUCCAGGGGUCACUGCGGGCCUACCCCAAUCUAUCUGAGGAGAGCCAAAGCCCAAGGGGCACCUACAGAAAUUCCCCUGUAUCUGCCUCAUGGCCCAGUGCUAGAGCGGGCAGAAUACUGCUUGGUGAGCCCAGGUGCAGACAGCCUCAAAAGCCCCGCGGAAGUGGCUUCUGAUGGGUGCAAGGGAGCAGAAGCCCCUCCUGGAGGUACCAAAAGCACCCACCAAAACCCAUACCCCAUCAGGAAGAAGGAGAAAGGCUUACCAGACCAAAAGCUGUCCCUCGGGGCUGGAGCAAAGCCCUCUGAAGGGAAUAACAGACCCAGGAGAGGAAGAGAGGGAGGGUCCGAGCCGUCCCAGGAGAGCAAGUCCGGCAUGAAGAAGCUAGUCCUCACUCCGGAGCAGAAGACCAUGCUGCUGGAUUGGAAUGACUCCAACUCUGAAAGCGUGGGCCUCCAGGCUGCCGAGCACAUCCCCCGGGAAGGUGGCGGUGGCGAGAGAGGCUGGGCUCUGAAACCCACCCACCCCCUCACCCUCCCUCAGGCAGGGAAAGAGGCGCUACCGUGCCAGCCAGAGGCCCAGGACCAGAUGAGCACCCCUGCGGUCCGGGCUCCAGGGGAGCGAAGCACGCCUCCACCCAAGUCCCCCCUGCGGCUCAUAGCUAAUGCCAUCCGAAGGUCCCUGUUCCCCAGCGGGGAUGCUGGAAAGAAGGCCUGGGCCAAGGCAGAAUCCAAAACCUGGUCCUCCAGCUCCCAGCCGCAGGCCUGCACUCGUUCGCUCAGCCUUCGGAAAGCCAGUUCCAGUAGAGAUGGGGACACACAGCCCCCGGGGAAACACAUGGCAAGGAGGGCCUCGGCUUUCUUCUCCCUGGGCUCCCCAACUGCCAGGAAUGCCCACUCCACGGACCUCAGCCCUCCAGACACCACCCUCCGUACCCACAGUCUGCCCAAUCGGCCACCCAAGACGUCUCCGGCCCCCACAACCUUGCCCUGCAGCAAACUCGAAGAUGUCCCCAAGCUCUUGGAGAAAGUGAGUCUGCAAGACACCUUACCAGGUGCUGCCAGGAUCCCAAAGGCAAGAAGCCCCUUCUUUUCCUCUCUCAGAAUCAAAGACAAAUCGCUUGAGAGUUUUCUCCAAGAAUCCAGACGAAGAAAGGACGUGGGGGACCUUUUGAGAGGACCCCAGGGGAAGGGAACGCCUGGAGACAGUGUCUCAUCCCUGGAGACGCUGGCACCGCCUCUCAGGACCACCUACCUUGGGCAGGCUGCCCAUCUUCCUUCUGUAGCUGGAGAUGCAAGCUCCCAGCGCACCCCUGUGGGAGCUCAGGUGAUAGAGGCGGCCUCUUCUCCCUCUUCCACCACCUCCUCCUCGGCAGAUGAAGAGCUCGAUCCCCAGCUUUCCUCAAGGUUAAAGGAGAAGAAGACACUCCAAAGAAGGAAGAAGGUGGAAAGGGCAACGAGGCAGUUGGUGAAGCAAGAAGAACUGAAAAGACUACACAAAGCUCAGGCCAUCCAGAGACAGCUGGAGGAAGUGGAGGAGCGGCAGAGGGCUUCGGAGAUCCAGGGUGUGAGGCUGGAGAAGGCACUGCGAGGAGAAGCAGAUUCAGGCACACAGGAUGAAGCCCAGCUUUUGCAGGAAUGGUUUAAGCUGGUUCUGGAGAAGAAUAAAUUAAUGCGAUAUGAGUCGGAACUACUGAUCAUGGCCCAAGAACUAGAACUAGAAGAUCAUCAAAGCAGACUGGAACAGAAAUUAAGAGAAAAGAUGCUCAAGGAAGAGAGCCAGAAAGAUGAGAAAGAUAAAAAUGAGGAGCAAGAAAUAUUCAACAAGAUGAUGCAAGUGAUUGAGCAAAGAGACAGACUUGUGGAUUCCUUAGAGGAGCAGCGCAUCAAGGAAAAGGCCGAGGACCAGCACUUUGAAAGCUUUGUCUUCUCCAGGGGCUGUUUGCUGAGCAGGACUUGAGGAGGCCCUGGCUUCCCUGGAGUGAGCUCAGAAUACAUUCUAGA